UUAGGGUUUUAGUAAGGUUAGCGUGUAGAUGGAUGGGAGCGGCAAUUCUCUGGCCGGCAGCGUCGGGGGCGAUGGAUCCAAGCGGCGCGUCUCCUACUUUUACGAUCCGGAGGUGGGCAAUUACUACUACGGGCAGGGCCACCCGAUGAAGCCUCACCGGAUGCGAAUGACGCACAGCCUUUUGGUGCACUACGGCCUCCACCUCAAGAUGGAGGUCGUGGAGCCAUUCCGCGCGCGCGACAAGGAUCUCUGCAAGUUCCACGCCGACGAUUACGUGGAUUUCCUCAAGCAAGUCACGCCCGAGACGCAGCAGGAGUUCGCCAAAGUCUUGAAGCGAUUCAACGUCGGCGAGGACUGCCCGGUGUUCGAUGGGUUGUAUAGCUUCUGCCAGAUGUAUACCGGGGGGUCGGUCGGAGGGGCCGUGCGCCUGAACACGAAUCGAUCCGACAUCGCCAUCAACUGGUCCGGCGGACUGCAUCACGCGAAAAAGUGUGAGGCGUCCGGGUUUUGCUACGUGAAUGACAUUGUUCUUGCGAUCCUGGAGCUCCUCAAGCAACACCAGCGCGUGCUCUACAUCGACAUCGAUGUUCACCACGGCGACGGUGUCGAGGAGGCCUUCUACACCACCGACAGAGUCAUGACGGUAUCUUUCCACAAGUUUGGCGACUUCUUCCCGGGGACUGGCGAUCUCCGGGAUGUCGGCCACGGGAAAGGGAAGUAUUACUCCGUCAACGUACCGCUUAACGAGGGGAUCGACGACGAGAGCUACCAGCGGCUGUUCAAGCCGGUGAUAAGCAAAGUCAUGGAGGUUUACCAGCCGGGGGCGAUUGUCUUGCAGUGUGGUGCCGACUCUCUCUCGGGAGAUCGUCUCGGCUGCUUCAACCUCUCGGUAAAGGGUCACGCCGAGUGCGUGAGAUUCGUGCGUUCUUUUAAUGUACCUCUGCUCUUGGUUGGAGGGGGAGGAUACACGGUAAGAAACGUUGCAAGGUGUUGGUGCUACGAGACGGGUGUUGCUGUUGGAGUCGAGCUCGAGAACCAGAUGCCUUACAACGAUUACUACGAGUACUUUGGUCCGGAGUAUACGUUGCUCGUGCCGGCCAGCAACAAGGAGAAUGCUAAUUCUCCGGAGUAUUUGGACAGUCUCAGGCAACAACUUCUUGAGAACAUUUCGAAGCUCCAACAUGCUCCUAGUGUUCCGUUCUACGAAAGGCCACCGGAUAUGGAGCCUGGCGAGGAAAUGGUCUUGAUGUCUUUUGAAAUUCCAGAACUGUUAUUAACAUUGUGUAGCUUUCAGGAGGAGAAUGACGCUGAUGCACGGCCAACAAAGCCUAAGCCAGGAGUGUGGAAUGGGGAACCAGUUGAUUCAGACUCCGAAGGCGAGGGAGACGUACACAGGCAGAGGCUCCCGAAACAAGAACUCGAUUUCAUCAGCAGGAAGCUGCCACCAUCUGAAGAACCGGUUGUCAAGAGACCAAAGUUUGAUGAAGUAAGUGAGCUCGCACUUCCUGACGUCUCAUGGGUUAAUUAACUUUUCAGAGGACUGAAGAGCAGAGAGAUGAUGAUAUCGCAACUUCACUCUCUUUAGGCCCAGCAAUGGCAGCAGAGAUUAAGAUUAGCUCGUGAGCAUGUAAAUAUGACAACUGGUCCAGAUGAAGUUUUGAGCAACAGAGUUUUUUGGUUCUUGUUGCUAAGCGAAACCAUGUUUUGGAGCUCUUCCACAAUAUGACUUUCAUGGUAUUUUCUGCAAACAAAAUUAGAAUUGGAGAAUUGGAUAAUAAUAAAAAUUGGAAUUAUUUUUGGAA